UCAGAUCUAAACCACCAAAAAAUCGUUUCGAACUAAACCAGUUAUUGUACAUAUAUUUUAGCAUUAUACAUUUGAUUUAUUUAAGUAAAAUGUCAUAACUAGUUUGAGAGGCACGUUCGAUCUGACACAACUGAAAAUAAUUUUAAUUACCAUUGAUCCUUAUAACAUUCUACUAAAGCUUUCUAAACUUCGACGAUUUUGAAAUGUCUUCAGAUUCCAUAGAACCUACCGCGGAAGCUGACCUGAAUGCUCGUCUAAGAGCCAUUAAACAAGAACUGGAAGAAGUCAACAUAGAGCUUUCAAGACUAACGAAUCGCCGAAUGAAACUAGAGCAACUGCAAGAAAAACUGUGCAAUCAGAAGAUCAAGCUGAAGUCUAACGAACUCGCACAGAAGGAUUGGGGAAGGCAGCAAUUCCCAUGGUCUUCGCAAGUUCAAACUGUUCUAGGAGAUGUGUUUCAUAUCAAAGAAUUCCGCGCCCAACAGUUGGGUACAAUAAAUGCUGUAUUAUCGAAACAAGACGUCUUGCUGCUAGCUCCCACCGGUGGUGGGAAAAGUCUUUGUUAUCAGCUUCCAGCUCUCGUGGCCGAUGGAAUCACACUGAUCGUAUCUCCUCUGAUUGCUCUUAUGGAAGAUCAAGUUUGGGCGCUCCAGAAUCUGGGAAUCAAAGCACAAUACAUAUGCUCAAGUACAGAUAAGGAAAGUGUUUCCGCUGUUCACAAAUUGCUCCGGGAAGGGGACUAUAACAAUUUGAAACUGCUCUACAUAACACCUGAACGGAUUGCGAAAAGCAAUCGAUUCAUGGCAGCUCUUCAAAAAUGCUACAACGCGAAAAAACUAGCAAUGGUUGCUAUCGACGAGGUUCACUGCUGCUCGCAAUGGGGUCAUGACUAUAGACCUGACUAUAAACACCUUUCGGUCUUAAAGACUAUGUUCCCAGAUGUUCCGAUACUAGGAGUGACAGCAACUGCGACUGCCAAAGUAGUAGCAGAUGUACGGAAAAUGUUAAACCUUCGCGAAUGCCUGAUAUUCAAUGCUCCUUUCAAUCGACCCAAUCUCUACUAUCAUGUGCUGGAAAAAUCGGCUGAUAAGGAAGAAGUGCAUGAUAUGUUGGCUGAUUUAAUCAAGAAAAAGUACCGACAAAUGAGCGGGAUCAUAUAUGCUUUCUCGGUGAAGGACACAGAGGAAAUUUCCACACAGUUACUGCAAAGAGAUGUUAAGGUACUGCCGUACUAUGGCAAUUUGGAUCCGAAGCAACGUAGCAAAGCCCACCAGAAGUGGAUGCGUAAUCAGAUUCAAGUGAUUGUCGCAACGAAUGCCUUCGGCAUGGGUAUUGACAAAUCUGACGUACGAUUCGUAAUUCAUCACAGUAUGAGUAAGAGCAUGGAAAAUUAUUUCCAAGAGAGCGGGCGCGCUGGGCGUGACGGCAAGCGAUCGGAUUGUAUUCUUCUGUACCAGUUCAAAGACAUGUUUCGAUUAUCAACGAUGAUAUUUUCAGAGUAUGAAGGUCUGAGUAAUGUUUACUCGAUGGUAAAAUACUGCAUUAACGGCAAAGAAUGCCGACGAAAAUUGAUCUCACGCCACUUCGCCGAAGUGUGGGACGACUCACUAUGCGAUCGAUUAUGUGACCAUUGUUACUACCGGGACAAGGUACAACUUCCUGAACAGGAUAUCGCCAAAUAUUAUCAUACACUAGUUGCGAUUCUCCGGCGAGCGGAGACGUUGCAAACCAAACUAACACCCCUGAAACUGGUGGAUGCCUGGUAUCACAAAGGAAGCCCCAAAAACCGCUUGGAGGAGCCACCUCCUUUGCUAGAUCGUUAUAUUGGGGAACAAGUCGUUGCCUUUUUAAUUGUUAAUGGCUAUCUAAAGGAAGAUUUUCAAUACAACCAAUAUACAGCUUUGUGUUAUGUGGCGAAGGGAUCUGCUUACGUUGGAAAAGAUGGAAUACGUUUUCAAGCAGCACGGGUAUUUAGAAUUCCAAUUGAUUCGCUGAAAACACCCGUCAAUGUAAGCGGCAGUUGUCCAUCAACGGAAUAUCAAGGAGUGACACCCGUAACGUCGAGUAAUAGAGCCUCAAGUGAGUCACCGAACAGAAUCCAACCUAGUAAACGCAAAUUGUCCGAGUUUGAAGAGAGCGAUCAGGAUGAAUGUACUCUAAUUGAAAACGAGACAAGUUCCACCAAUAUAAAUACUAGCCCGUCAUUAGGGACCGAAAAAAAUACUUCGGAUAGGAACAUUAUUUCAGAAUGUGACAGUACAGAAAUAGACGUGACAAAUGUCGGGCCAGCCAAAAAACGUAAGGACCACAACACUGGAGGUGAGAGAUUGGUGACGAGUAAUAUUACUAAUGAUGAGGACGUCCUUUUUGUUCCAAAUUCAGUAGAGGUGAUUGAUGUCGAUGAAUUAUAA